GACAAAUCUGAAAAUCCAACCGGAGACCCCAAGAAAUGGAAGCCGCCGGCUCACCCACGCUGCCGCCGGCGCCGCACCCGCUGGUUGCGCCGCUGUCGUUCCUGCUGGGCAAGUGGCGCGGGGAAGGCGAGGGGACCUUCCCGACCAUCGCCCCUUUCCGCUACGGCGAGGAGAUCCUCUUCUCCCACCACCCCUCCAAGCCGGUGAUCUCGUACACGCAGAAGACGUGGAAGGCGGCGUCCGGCGAGCCGAUGCACGCCGAGAGUGGGUACUGGCGCCCGCGCCCCGACGGCUCCGUCGAGGUGGUCAUUGCUCAGAGUACAGGCCUCGCCGAGGUCCAGAAGGGUUCAUAUGACGCUGAAAAGAAAACAGUGACACUCCAAAGCGAACUUGUUGGCAAUGCAUCAAAGGUGAAGCAGAUCGCUAGGUCAUUUCAGGUGGUGAACGGGGAGCUAUCUUACAUCGUUCAGAUGGCAACAAUCACAAACAGUCUACAGCCACAUCUGAAAGCCCUUCUCAAAAUGAUAUGAACAACUUUCUCGACAGGAAUUGCAAAGGCAGCAUAGGGACGGUUGAAGAGAGAAGUAUAUUUUGUACUUUUGUCCAUUAUUAGAACCCAACAAGCUUGUCUGUAUCAUCGAUAUAAGAAAAAUAAUUGCAUCCCCCAAUGUGUACAAUAUUCAGGAUAAUUUUGAUGAGGUCAGUUGUUUGACUAA